AUGAAGCACGAGUACAAGUAUUGGUACUGGUACGAUACAGGUAUCUUUAAUCUUUUUCAAGAACCCAUUAGAGUACUUUUUGAUACUGGUGCCUCUCAUUCUUUCAUAUCUAGGCAAUUUAUAGAAAGAGAACAUCUUGUAACUACCUUCUUAUCUAGACCUAUUUGCGUUGAGACUCCUUUAGAAGGGGCAAUUACUCUUUAUGAGAUGUGUAAAGAUUUUGAGAUUGAUUUUACGAGCAGAGUCUUGUAUGUGGACCUCAUUGUGUUAGGGUUUGAGGGGUUUGUAAUUAUUUUGGAUAUGGAUUGGCUGCAAAAACACUUCGUGACUCUAGAUUGUGCUGGAAGGACCAUAAAUAUAGAUAUUCUCGGUAUGCCACGACUUACCCACACUUCUAGCGAUGGAGAAAAGUCAGUGAUGACGAGUUAUUUAUGCUCGGUAGAAAUCCCUAAGCAGAAUAUUAGUGAGGUAGAUGUGGUGUGUGAGUUUGAGAAUGUAUUUCAGGAGAUACCUGGACCUCCACCUCGACGAGUAGUAGAAUUUCGUAUUGACCUAGUGCUGGGAACUGCACCAAUUUCUAAGGUGGCAUACAAAAUGGCGCCUAAAGAGCUUGUAGAGAUGAAGAAGCAGCUAGAAGAGAUUCUUUAG